UUACUCCAUCCACCGACUACCACCCUGGAAACAUUCCCCACCCCAAUUGCAGGUGUACUCGAGUCCUGUCAGCACUCUCGCCCCGAAAAACUCAUAAGGGCCUGGUGCGCUGUUUCCGUCAAGAUAGCUUCGACAUCAACCACCGAUUCCAAUAUCUCCAAACAACAACAUGACCAACCAGGUCUUCGCCGUCCCGGUCUUCUUCGUCGUCUUUCGAGAGGCCCUGGAGACCGUCAUCAUUGUCUCUGUUCUUCUUGCCUUCCUGAAGCAGACUCUCGAUGGCCCGCAACGCGAUGCUGCGACAUAUAAGAAAUUGACCAGACAGGUUUGGCUUGCCGUAGUCGCGGGUUUGGUGAUUUGCCUUAUCAUCGGCGCUGCUUGCAUUGCACUUUGGUAUACCAAAGGCAAAGACGCAUAUGGCAAAGCCGAGGAUAUCUAUGAAGGGGCCUUUUCUCUAUUUGCUGCUGUCAUUAUCGGCGUCAUUGGUGCUACUCUCCUUCGAGUCGCGAAGCUGCAGGACAAGUGGCGUGUCAAGCUGGCAAAGGCUCUGGAAUCGCAGCCGGUCACCAUCGGUGGUCGUAGAGCUGCAUUCAAACGCUUCUGUGAGAAAUAUUGCAUGUUCAUCAUCCCAUUCAUCACCGUCCUCCGAGAAGGUCUUGAAGCAAUCAUAUUCAUUGGCGGUGUCUCGUUCUCGGCUCCUGGUACUUCAGUGCCUCUGCCCGUCGUCGUUGGUCUAAUCGCUGGAUGUUUCGUAGGUUGGCUACUGUACAAGGGGGGCUCUACGGCCAAACUUCAAGUCUUCCUCGUCAUCUCUACCUGUGUCCUGUAUCUCGUGGCGGCUGGUCUCUUCUCCAAAGCUGUCUGGGAUUUCGAAGCUCAGGCGUGGAAUAAUGCUGUUGGAUCCGAUGCCGAUGAAUUAGGGGCAGGAGCGGGCUCAUAUGAUAUUUCCAAGAGCGUCUGGCAUGUCAACUUUGGUAAUCCUGAAAUUGGUGGUGGUGGCGGCUGGGGUAUCUUCAAUGCCAUCCUCGGCUGGACCAACAGUGCUACUUAUGGUUCCGUCAUCUCGUACAACUUGUACUGGCUCUGUGUCAUCCUUGGUUUCGUUGUCAUGCGAUACAAGGAGGUCAACGGUCACUUGCCAUUCAUGAAAGCCAAGGCAGAGAAGGACACCAAUAACUCCACGGUACACGUCGACACUCAAAGUCCUGGUAGCAGCGGUAUCUUCGAAAAGACAUCCGAGGAUAAGAAAGUCGUACAAGAAGUACACACCGUGCCAUCGAGAACUAUCUCAGAGUAAGGGGAUGUAAAUGGAGUAGGCGGUAUUUCGACAUAAACAAAAAGACAUGAACAUGAUGCGGAAAUGAUUGCAUGGAGAACGGCGUUCCGGUCUGGUUUUGUUGGCUGUGCGCUUUAACGCCGGCCUUUUUCGUGCCUUUCAGGCUUUCUUGUGGAUACUUUGCUUGCGGUACGUCCUUGAUACCAGAAGAAGAAGAAAUGAACAGUCUAUGACAACUUUGAUCUCUCCACAGACAUGACUGGUGAAAUCAAAUAACGGGGUGAUAGUCUGAGGAAAUCAGGCCGUCGUUUCUUAUCUCGUGCAAGCUCUCAGCGCAGACUCUCAAGUGAAGAAGCAAAUUCGAACAAACAAUACAAGGAUAGAAAAGAAACAAUCAAGCAAGCAAGAAUAAGCCCCGUUAACAGCACCCACGAAGAA